AUGCCUUCUCCAGCCGACAACGAUACAGUCAUGGCGGACUCGCAGGCCAAUGAAAUCCAGCCUGCCGCAGAGUCUUCAAAGAAGAAGUAUCUCAAUCGUCUAUUGGUAGAAGAUGCCAUAAACGAUGAUAACUCAGUGGUAGCCCUUAAUCCAGCAAGAAUUGAUGAAUUGGGAUUGUUCCGAGGUGACACCAUCUUGUUGAAGGGCAAAAAACGCCGAUCUACCGUGUGCAUUGUUCUAGCCGAUAAGGAUUUGGACGAAGGAAAGGCAAGGAUGAACAAGAUUAUAAGAAAGAACUUACGCGUUAUGCUCGGCGAUUUUAUUAGAGUAGCACCAUGUCCAGAUGUUCCAUACGGUAAAAAGAUUCAAGUUUUACCUCUCGAUGACACUGUUGAGGGCCUUUCUAGGGAGUCACUAUUCAACGUAUACCUUAAGCCAUACUUUUUGGAAUCUUACAGACCUGUUAAAAAGGGCGAUUUGUUCCUUGUAAGAGGUGCAUUCAAGGCCGUAGAGUUCAAAGUUGUGGAAGUUGACCCUGGAGAUUAUUGUAUCGUUGCUCCAGAUACUGUAAUCUUCUAUGAGGGUGAUCCCAUAAAGAGAGAUGACGAAGAAAAGCUAGACGAUGUUGGCUAUGAUGAUAUCGGUGGUUGUAGACGUCAAAUGGCGCAAAUUAGGGAGAUGAUUGAACUUCCACUUAGACAUCCUGGUUUAUUCAAGACUUUGGGUGUCAAGCCCCCAAGGGGUGUUUUGCUAUAUGGUCCUCCAGGAAGUGGAAAAACACUAAUAGCUCGUGCUGUUGCCAAUGAAACUGGUGCCUUCUUCUUUCUCAUUAACGGUCCAGAGGUUAUGAGUAAGAUGGCUGGUGAAGCAGAGUCCAACUUGAGAAGGGCGUUUGCCGAAGCGGAAAAGAAUGCCCCUUCUAUCAUUUUUAUUGAUGAAGUUGACUCAAUUGCUCCAAAGAGAGAAAAAACAAACGGAGAGGUUGAAAGACGUGUGGUAUCACAAUUGUUGACUCUUAUGGAUGGACUAAAGGGGCGUGGUCAAGUCGUUGUUAUUGCAGCUACCAAUAGACAGAAUUCAAUUGAUCCUGCCUUACGUCGUUUUGGUCGUUUUGAUAAGGAAAUUGAUAUUGGCGUGCCAGAUGAUGCUGGAAGAUUGGAAAUUCUCAAAAUUCACACUAGAAACAUGAAGUUGGCCCCUGAAGUUAAACUUGAGGAGCUUGCUGCCAACUCCCAUGGUUUCGUUGGUGCUGAUUUGGCACAAUUAUGUACUGAAAGUGCUCUUUCUUGUAUUCGUGAGAAAAUGGGUGCAAUUGAUCUUGAAGAUGAUACCAUAGACACUGAAAUAUUGGAUUCUAUGGCUGUAACUCAAGAACAUUUUAAUGCUGCCAUGAAUACAUGUAACCCAUCUUCUCUUCGUGAGACUGUUGUUGAAAUACCAAAUGUAAAGUGGGAUGAUAUUGGUGGACUCGAGUCUGUAAAAUCGGCUCUGCGUGAAAUGAUUUUGUAUCCAAUUGAGCAUCCAGAGAAAUUUGAAAAAUUUGGUAUGUCCCCCUCUAGAGGUGUUUUGUUUUAUGGUCCUCCUGGUUGUGGUAAGACCCUUUUGGCUAAGGCUGUAGCUUCUGAAUGUAGUGCGAAUUUCAUUUCUAUCAAGGGUCCUGAAUUACUAACCAUGUGGUUCGGAGAAUCAGAGGCUAAUGUUCGAGAAGUUUUUGAUAAGGCGAGAACAUCUGCUCCAUGUGUGCUAUUUUUUGAUGAGCUUGAUUCUAUUGGUACUGCACGUGGAAAUAAUGCAGGCGAUGCUAGCGGUGCUGGAGAUCGUGUAAUGAAUCAGCUAUUGACUGAAAUAGAUGGUGUAUCUGCUAAAAAGAAUAUUUUCUUCAUAGGAGCCACCAAUCGUCCAAACUUGUUGGAUGAAGCUUUGCUCCGUCCAGGAAGACUUGAUCAACUCAUUUACAUUCCAUUGCCGGAUCUUCCAGCUAGAAUUUCUAUUCUCAAUGCAACACUACGCAAAUCACCUGUAGCUGCUAAUGUACCAAUAUCAUUCCUCGGUCAAAAGACUGCUGGAUUCUCUGGUGCUGAUUUGGCGGAAAUGUGCAAGAUAGCUACAAGGGCAGCAAUUAGAGAUGCCAUUGCAUUUGAAGAAAUGAACAGGACAGCUGAUGGUACUGUUGAUCCAAAUUCAUCAGAAUUCAAGUAUGAAAUUACAAGGAAACACUUCCAAGAGGGUUUGGCCGCGGCCAGACAAUCUGUGACAUCGUCAGAUUUGGCGAAAUUCGAUAAUUUCCGCACGAAAUUUGAUCCGCUCUACAAAAACAAGAAUUCACCUGGUGAAGAUAUCGACAUAGAUUGGCCAGAAAAUGAUGAUAUCGUUAUCGAUCCAAUUGAGGAAGAUGAUGACUUGUAUUCUUAA